GCGGGCCGACGCGCCGUCUUGCCGGCACUUGGAGCACUUGGAGUGCAGUUAUCAACCUCACAUUUUGACGGCCUCGCUCGGGCGUUCCAUGCUCGCGGCCGUCUCCUCGCACGCUGUGGCGGCGACCGCGACGGCCGGCGCGUGGACCGCCGAGCAGUCAAUCUACCGCACCAGGGCUUGGAUCGACACUGCGGUCGUCCGGCUAGGCCUCUGCCCGUACGCGGCCAAGCCGUUUCACGGCGACCGCAUCCGGUAUGCGGUGAGCGACUGCACCAGCGACGAGGCGCUCGUCGCCUCCUUCUUCGAGGAGGGACUGCUGCUGCUCGACUCGCCCGAGGAGGAGCUCGCCACGACGAUGCUGAUCGCUCCAAAGUAUGAGGGCGGGAUCGGCGAGUUCUACUCGCUGUACGAGUGGCUCACCGACCUGCUCGAGAGCGAGGAGGAGGAGGUGCUCGCGAACGGAGUCCAGCCCGCCUUCUUCCACCCGGCCUGGUCGUUUGACGGACUGCCGGCCGACUCCCCCAUCCACUUUGAGAAGCGUGCGCCCUGCCCCGUCAUCAACCUGCUGCGCCGCUCCACCCUCGACCGGACGGUGGAGGAGGGCUUACGGCGAGGCGUCAUCGUCAACCAGCAGAUCUCGGAGCACAACGCGGCGGCGCUGCAGGCGGAGGGCACGCCCGCGCUGAGCAGGCUCUUUGACGACCUCGGCGCGCUACAGCUUCACACGGCCGCGGACGAGGGUGGCGCCGACAGCGGUCCGAGAUGAACUCACCAUCGACGAUCGAUAUUCUCGUGUACAAGUCGGUGCGUGUUUGUCUGAGUCAUCAAGCUCACUUCUACGUUCUAGACC